CACGGCGUACCCCACCCGGCGCACACAACACCACCACGGCAAAAAGCAAAGCAAGAAAUUCCUCUUCCCCCUUCUUCCACCGUCCGGCGGCGCUGCUGGUGCCCUCCCUUGAUGACUUCCGCUCCCAACAUCGAGAUGAUCGCCUCCUCGCUCCGCAACUGCUCCCUCAACGGCGGCUUCCGUCGCCGUGUCAGGCACCAAGACCACGACGAGGGCAGCGACGACAGCGAGGGAAUCACCGUCGAGCUCAACUCCGAGGUCUCCCUGCCCUACCACUGGCAGCAGUGCCUCGACAUCCGGACGGGGCAAGUGUACUACGUCAACUGGGAGGACGGCACCCGGACGACCGUCGACCCUCGCACGCCGUCGCACUUCUCCACCCUGUCGACUCCGCGGUCCAUCUCCUCCGCUUCACGCCGCGGCGCCUCCACCUCCUCGUCGGGCUCCGGCUACGCUUCCGCGUCGUCCGUCGGCACAGUCGCCGCGGCGGAGUGGUUCUCCAGUGCCACCGGCGGGUAUGGAUACAAUGAGAGCCACAUCUACGAUGAUGGCGACGACGAGGAGAGCAGCAGCAGCACCAGCAGCCGGAGCUCCGCCAUCUCGUCUGCCCUCUCGUCCUUCUCCCCCACCGACGAGUCCGCCUCCAGCGGCAGCAGCAGCGACAACGGCAACGGCAACAACGCCGCCGGCCACGUGCUCGUGGCAGCCGGGUGCAGGGGGUGCUUCAUGUACUUCAUGGUGCCAAAGAGCGCCGGGCUGUGCCCCAAGUGUGGCAGCUCCGGCCUGGUCCACCUCGGCCGCAGCAACAAUGCAUCCUACGCCUGA